AUGUUGUGGAGGGGAAAGUUGUGUGACGUGGCGAGAUGCCGCAUGGGGAAACGGUUUAUCUCGACGAGGUCUUUGGGGCAUCUGACGCAUGGCCGGUCGCUGCCAGGGGUGCUCUCCGCCAGAGGGUUGCAGAACAGCUGGUUUGACCCUGUAGAGCACUACACGUUGUUGCUGAACAAAUACACGGCAAACAACGAGGCACUGCAGCAGAAAUCGUUGGAGACGAUCAUUGCGGAGUGUGGGACCUCUGCGACGAAGAAGUACGUGGCCAAUUACGCCUCGUUGCUGUUCAACCGCGAAUUUGCACUAUCUUGUCUCCGCGGGAUCUCUAAACCGCUGCCCGAGGUGAAACCAGGGCGGGAGGCUCUCCUGGCGACACCGGAUAUGUCGCUGAAAUUCAGUAACGAGCCAAUCUCCUCUGGGAACAAGCGGUUGCAGUUGGCGCUGGAGGCGUCAUUCGACUCGAUGGUCCAGUUCAGAACGUUGCUGUUGAACUCGAACCUAGCAAUUAACGGGGAUGGGUUCACGUGGCUCGUAGCAAGGAUAUACAAGCCCAAAGUGCAGAGUACAGGGUCUGCGAAACUUAACGAGUUCAAGUAUGACUCCCUGUUCGUUUUGAACACGUACAAUGCGGGGACGCCGUUUACUCUGCAGAGACCCAAUGAGUUGCAAAACUUGGAGAACCAGUACACGGCGAAGAACGCACCGGCGGAGCCCGAGGAAUCAGCGGUGCGCAAGGAGGGUGCUGACUCGUAUCUGAAUGACCUGGCACCGCUGGAGGAGAUUAAGAAGAUGGCGUUUGAUGACACCGUUUACGUGCCUCUACUAGCAAUAGAUGCGUCCCCCAAGAGCUGGCUGACAGAUUACGGAGUCUUCGGGAAACAAGAGUAUUUGGAUAGGACAUGGGAGGCAAUUAACUGGAAAGUGAUAGAAACGAGGUUACCUGAACCGUAUGAACAGGGGUACCUCUGA